CUGAAGGCUGUGGCACAGGGCUUUCACGAGUGGCCAUGUGGCUGAAUCCCAGACGUGGGUAGGCGCUGGAGGUCAGCUGCGCAAAUCUGCAGGUCUCAGUGUGUGUGACUCUGCUUUCCCACCUUCCCCCAACCGUGGGAGUUGGUUCUGGUGCCCAGGAAAGCUCUGUGCUCCUUCCAGGAGACCCCUUCGGCUCCUUGAAGGCAGCGAAUACAGUUGCUGUGUCCACAUCUUGUCAACAUGCUUUUGUUGUUGAAGGGGCUUUGGCCUGGAGCCAUGGGGAUGAUGGUAGGUUCUUUCCAUCAGAGAAAUGGAUGCAGAACUUAGUUUGUACGGUUGUGCUGAGAGUUCGUGAGGGGAUGUAGGGGGAGCUCCUGGCAGUCAAUAAACUGUUAAAAACUUGACUUUGCCAAAGAGACUUGGAAAUUGUCCUUCAGCUGCUCACACAGGUAGAGUUCAGUUGUAUGCGGCAGUGUGACUGGUAAGGCCCUGUGUUGGCCCCCACAGACAUGGAGCUGAGUAGGGCAAGGGUCUGUCCCCGGGGGGGUUCCCUUGCAGUCCCGCAGAGCCCAAGGAAAAGUUGUACCGGGUGAGCAGGAGUGUUACCUUUGUUAAUGUUAACGGUACUCUUAACCAGUGCUGGAAGAAGGUGGGUUGACACAAGCAAAGUGACUCUCAGUGACGUUUGAGUCUUCCUUCCGAAGACUUCCGUGAGCGAAAGACGCUUCUUUGCUACAAGGUGACGCCUGCUGUGCUCGCUCUCCUGGGCGCGGGGAGCCAGCACCCAGGCCAGGCGGCCGGAACAACACAAACUGCCCACUCAGUGCUGGGGGCUGCAGCCCCAGCUCAAGGUGUCGGCAGGGCUGGUUUCUCCUGAGGCCCCUCUCCUUGGCCUGUAUGUGGCUGCCGUCUCCCUGUGGCCCCACCCCUGGUCCUUCCUCUGUACACGUCUGUCCUGUGUUUGAUGAAGACACCAGUCAUAUUGGAUUCAGAGCCACCCAUCUGGCCUCAUUUAACUGAACCACCUCUUUAAAGACCAGUUCUAUUUUGAGGUACCUGGGGUUAGGACUUCCACACACGAAUUUGGGGAGGGACUCCGUUCACCCCAUUCCGCCUGCUUUCUGGCUGGGUAGCCUUGCCAAGUCUCCUCCCCUCUCGGGCCUCCGGGCACCAUCUCUACAAACACGUGGGUUGAACCAGGGAGCCUGCCUGUCUGUGUGAUGCCAGCCUGUUUACUCCCCUUUUCUGCAGCAGGUCCUUGAAGCUGAUAGGCGCGUCCCUUCAGUGUCAAAGGUUUCACACCGCUGGGAGUCACUCCAGGGGUCGGACCGGUGCUGAGCGCCUGUGGCUGAUGCGCCAGCUGAAGGACCCCUUUGUGAAGGCCGCAAAGGUGGAGAGUUACCGGUGCCGAAGUGCCUUCAAGCUCCUGCAGGUGGACGAGAGGCACCGGAUCCUGCGGCCCGGCCUCCGGGUGCUAGACUGUGGGGCGGCCCCCGGGGCGUGGAGCCAGGUGGCCGUGCGGAGGGUCAACGCUGCGGGCACAGAUCCCAGUGCUCCUGUUGGCUUUGUGCUUGGGGUAGAUCUUCUUCACAUACUCCCCCUGGAGGGAGCAACUUUUCUGUGCCCGGCUGAUGUGACUGACCCAAGAAUCCUCCAGAGAAUCCAAGAACUGCUUCCUGGAGGGAGAGCAGAUGUGAUUCUGAGUGACAUGGCACCCAACGCCACAGGGAUCCGGAGCCUGGAUCACGACAGGCUCAUUGGCUUGUGCUCAUCCCUUCUGGACCUGGCUUCAGAUGUCCUGCACCCUGGCGGAACAUUCCUCUGCAAAACGUGGGCUGGAAGUCAAAGCCUGGCGUUACAGAAGCGACUGACAGAGCAGUUCCAGAGCACCAGGACGGUGAAACCCAGAGCCAGCAGGAAGGAGUCGUCAGAGGUGUACCUCUUGGCCACACAGUACCAAAGAGGGAAGGAGUUUGCGGAGGACUGAGGGUUUUUCCUGCGGUUUCUGAGCCUUGUUCACUGCAAGUGUCAUCUGAGCUCUUGCUGGGAGUGUGGCUGGGGGGCGGGGGGCGGGGUCCAGGGUUUGAUUCGGGAUGCAGCAGGCAGGACAAGUGGGGGGCCUUUGUUUUAAGCCAAAAAGGUACAACAAAACGAUAUUUGCUGGCCGGGAUGUAUGAUCAGAAAUAGUCUCUAGAAUGGGAUUUGUCAGGCGGAGUGGAAAGGAUGAAAAGACAGUGGGAAGGAGCCGGGGGCGCACAUGGGCCUUGGUGUAACCUUGAUGUAACUGUCAUGUCACAGUGUUCCCGUGUAACAGAGAGAGUCUCCACCCUUGCCGCCCUGACCGACUGACCGCAACACCCAGGCUUCCCCUUGUCAUUUUGCUUAUACGGUGUAGCAUGUGAAAACCUGAACUUUCAACCUGGGGAUUAAUUUCCAUCUCUCUGGUGGAUGAUGUGUUAAUCCCUUCCUCAAGUAGCGGGAGUUCCCCGCAAUUAGGGAAGACAUUUGGUAUGAAUUAUGCAGGGGGCUGGCAUGCUUUGUUUUAUUGCUGAAACCCCGGCGGCCCCCAAGACUGGCAGUGGCCAGAGCAAGCAUCCAUGUGGUGUGUACAUCUACUUCCUUGUGCUCUCUUCCAGGAACUCGAUGCAGCUUUACAGAACGACAUAGACUGUACGAUUUUUAAGGGAUUUCCAUGCUUUUCAGUUUGUUUUCCAUGCUUUUAAGUUUGUUUUUAUAAAAAUUGGUUUCUUCAAAGCCAUUUCCUGGAGGUGUGCUCAUCCCUCAAGAAAAGUGUAUUGAGGGGCGCCUGGGUGGCUCAGAUGGUUAAGCGUCUGCCUUCGGCUCAGGUCAUGAUCCCAGGGUCC